UCUAAACUUGAAUAUCUUGAAGACAAUAACUGGGGGUGAAGAGUAGUGUAGAUCGCGUUUAAAAAGUUUUAAAAAGACAAAUCUUCCAGAGGAUAUAUCAUUUGCGCAAACAAGAAUCCCCUCGGCAAUGAAGCUCCACUUUCUCGUCACGACCGCCGCAGCUCUGCUCGUUGCCUUCCCACCACGCAUGAACGAGUGCCGAGCAGUGGACGGUCCAGACCGGCGAGCCUCGCUCUCCUCCCCCUCCGCCAACGCGCUCGAAGAGGAGGAAGACCAGAGGCGCACACGGCCCAUUUGGGCACGGCUGGGAGAGGAAUACUUCAUCCGGGUGGGCAACAGAAAUCAGCGCGAACGUGAAUCCGAACCUGAGACGCGCCCCGAACCGGCGUCAGCGGUCUUCAAGCGCGCUCUGCAGCUCAGGCUCACGCAGCACCUGCUCCGCCAAGACCACGAGGUCGCCGAAGCGGCCCGCGAGUUGCGCGACGCCCCAGCGGAGAGACCGCGCCGCGCCGAGGAGCCGCCCAUCUCCCUGGACCUGACCUUCCACCUGCUGCGGGAGGUGCUGGAGAUGGCGAAGGCUGAGCAGAUGGCGCAGCAGGCGCACAGCAACCGGAAAAUGAUGGAGAUUUUCGGCAAGUAGCCUAAAAUCUGACAAAGAGGAUUUUUUUUUUAAAUUUUAUUUUACAUUUAGCACAAACCAUAACAUCCUGUACCACAGUGCUGCUUUUCCAUCCUAAUGUAUUUAUAUAUUGUAUUAUUUAUUUGUAGAAAGAAAUAGGAGAAUGAACAUGGACACUGGUGUCACGUUCCAUAAUUGCUGUGCAAAUGCUAAAUCAAAACUGUAGCAUAAAAACGACGGUACGUUACUUUUCUUUAAAAAUAAAUAAAUAAAUAAAUAAAACAAAAGGAAAUAUUUUCAGAGUACUGUACUGAGAAGUUGAUUUUAUCUGGAUAGACAUCCAGUUUCAUUGUACCUUAUAAAAUACACUGUAAGUUUGUUAAUAAACUAAUGAGCAAACAGUAAUUUUCUGUUGUGCAAGAGAAUGUUCUUAUUUUUAUAU